CCAAUUUCUCAAUGACAUUUCUAGAAUUGCAGCGAAUUUUAUUCAACAUUUUAACGUUGAUAUAAGAAAAAACAGUCCAAUUAUGAUGGACUUUGAGCCCAACAGAUAUAAAUUGGUAAAAAACAGCAACGCCGGGAACAUACUCAAAAGUGCGGUUGUGACGGCGGCUAGGGCAUCAGAAUAUAUCCCUCUCCAAAGAAAAAUCUCCAAAUCAACCGGAGUAACUUCAAAUUCUUUCAUUCCUCUCCUUCCAAAUCAACCAAGGAUCACUGAUAAUGGGAAGAGUAGUUACUAGGAGCCAGAGACUUAAAUUAUUAACCAGUUGCAAUGACGAUUCAAAUUCCAAGAGAUGUAAAGUGAUUUCAAAGGUGCUGCUUCCUCAAGACUUGCUGCUUCAUAUUCUUACUUUGCUUCCUCUCAAAUCUCUUAUUAACUCUGCAAGGUAUGUUUGCAAAUCUUGGGCCACUACUAUUCGAACCUCCCAAUUUGCUCUAGCAUGCCUAACACAUUCUAAACCCGGUCUUUUCGUUCAAAAUCAUCAACAUCGUACUGCUUAUUUCUUGGAUAUUAAAGAUUGUGUGAAUGGUCAGUUUGAAUUUGAAAGGACUGGUAUGGUAACAAUUUUGGGAAAAGUUGUCAUUUACGAUUCUUGUAAUGGCAUAUUGUUGCUUCUACUACCGAACGAGCGUCUUAAGCAAAUACAACCUUGUCUCGUCAACCCCAUCACCAAGUCUUGCUUUAGAACUCCUCCUUUACCCAGGACGCCACAAAGACCUUUUCGACUUUUUUUUGAAUCGACUUUAGUGUGUGUCCCCUAUACUGCCAAAUUCAAGCUCUUCUUCCUAGACAUCCAAGAUGUUUCAGGUGUUGAUUAUUAUGUUUUCUAUGUCCUAACAAUUGGAAUAGGUAACUCAUGGAGAGAAAUAGAUAGAAAAAAAGUUCCUUACGGGGGUAGUUAUUGGCAACCACUUUAUGGAGGAGGCAAUUAUCUUUACUGGAUAACUGGUGGAGACCAUGCAGUAACUGUCGUGGAUGUUGACAAGGAAAUUACCGCUGGAAAAUUUUCACUUCCCCCUGUGCCCAUGUAUUGUGCUGUUGAGGAUGUUGAGACAUUCUUCACGAACAUGAAUACAAAGUUCUUAUGGAUGGGAAAUCAGCUUUCUUGCAUUGUGAUUAAAGAUUUUAAAACAUUUAAAAUCUACCUUUUGGAUUUUGAGUCUGGAAAAUGGUCUCUUUAUCAUGAUAUGGGACAUUUUGAUUGUGUGGCUGCUUCUGGUCAUGAGUUUAUUAUUUGUGAUAUUUGUUGCUGGAUCCACGAUCAAAUCAUCUUUAGUCUCUUCUCUAAAGAAAGAAAGAGGCAUCUAGACAGGAUAAUAAACAACUUGCAUUUUAGUUACAGUGUCAAAACUAGAAAACUAACAAAGAUUGAGGGCAUUUCCAUGGGUGAUCAAGUAAGGCUUCACACCAACAGUCUAAUUUCAUUGCCAAGUACUCCAACAUAGUUAGGUUUCUUGGUACAAUAUAUUCACCGGUAAUCUUAAUAUUUAUUUAUCUUUGUUGGGUACAACAAGUAUUUAUGUUUAGUUAUGAAUGUUGGCUUUGGCCAGAUUAAUUUUUAAGAUGGUUAUUUUAAUUUAUUUAUCUAACUUGAAGAUGGAAAUAUUACAUAGGUGUUUACCUAGUUAGUCUACUUAUUAUUAUUAUUAUUAUUAUUAUUAUUAUUAUUAUUAUUAUUAUUAUUAUUAUUAUUAUUAUUAUUAUCAUUAUUAUUAUUAUUAUUAUUAUUAUUAUUAUUAUUAUUAUUAUUAUUAUUAUUAUUAUUAUUCUUUAGCCUUGCUUAUUCUGUUUGAUGAUGACUUAGUUGGGCUCUCUAUUUCUUUUCUUUUCUGCAAAAGCCUAGAAUAUAAUUUAAAUCACAAUGUGGGAGUUUGGUAUUUGCUCAAGGUUAUUUUUAUUAUUAUUCAUCAUAUGUAUGCAAGUGUUAUGCUAGUGUUUGAUUCCUUGUAAAUUGUAAUGGUAGACAAUUUUAUAAUUUGGAAUAAUGUUUUUUGGGUCAAAUAGCCAUGUGGUUGGAAUUCAUCUUUAAAGAUGAAUAAAUGGGGUGUCGCGGGUCCUGUACAACUGUCAAAUUGGCCAACUCUAAAUUCCAUACAUGCACUAAGUAGAGAGCUCCCUACUUACAUCUCAUUAAGUUUUCAUGCCCUCUGAAAUUUGUUGGCCCUACAAAGCAAAUAAAUUUAUUUGAAAUUCAGAGGAAUAUUGUGGCUUGAGAGGCAAUCUGCUACUAUUUGUUAUCUUGCAUGAACUGAGAGAAUUCAAUUAGUGUUAGCAGUGAUCAUUUUAUUCUACUUAGAAAGUAUGCUUAUGUUGAAGAAACAAAACAUCGUAGUAAUGUUAUCAUAACUCAAUAAUUUUAUCUCUGCAACUGCAAUAGUGAAUAGUAGUACCAAACUGUUUCUGAAAUUUGAUUUGUGUUGUUUUUGUAAGACCUGAGUUUCUAAGAAUCAUGAUAAUGGUUUUGACAAGGACAAAAAUUGUGAACAUUACCACACCACCAUCUAUUAAGUUUGGAGAAUGUUUUGUGCUGGUAAGGUUUAAGAAUAUAAAUGAUUGGUUAACUAUAAUGCCAACAACUGCCUUAUGAAUGAAGAGAAAUCACAUGCAUAUUCAUUAUAACCUUCAUAUUUAAUAGUCAUAUUAUAAAUUAACAGUUGGAUUGAAUUAUAUUAUUUUCCAGCCUAGGAAACCCAAUUUUAACGAAUUGUAGAUGUAUAUUUGAGGAAUGGGUUCAUAGAAGAAUGUUUAAGUAAAAUCAGUCAAUAUAGUGUGGCACUGCUGGAAGAUAAAUAAGAUCGUAAAUAUGAUCUAUGAAUAGUACGUAUGUAAGGGAAGGUUUAGUUUCUAAAAUCGGAGGGAGGGAACUUAAUCUAAUAAUAACAAGUCUUGUUUAUCUAAAAAUUAAAUGUUAUAGGAUAUCAACUUCAAAAGGAAUAUCCCAUUUCCAUAUUCUUGAAGUUGGGAAGACAAUGGAAUUUGUCAAACACUUGCAACAUAAUUACCGCAUUUGCAAUACUAUGUGGUAGGUGGUGUGGAUACGGUACACACAUUAGGUUCCCUUUUUUAAGUAGUGGUACACAGGGUUUAUACACGAUAUCAACAUGAAGUUGCUUAUCAGCGGCUGCGCAGCUCUAUUACCUUUAUAUAUAAGAAUUGAUGUUUAGAUGAUUGAUCCCUCAACUACUUCUCUACUUUGAUUCUCCAUAAGUCUUAUGGCCGUGCAAUCGAGUUGGAUAAUAAGAUGGUCUUUGCUUUGGUUGAAAGUGGAAAUAUCUCGUUGACACUUGGUCAAUUCGAAUCUGACAUUUUGAAUUAUAAUUAUAAUUUGUCUGGUAUAUUAUCCGUGCUCCUAAUAGCGCUUUCAUAGUGGCGCUAUGGCGGCGCUAUAGCAGUGCCAUCAUGGUUUGAACAACUUUCUAAUAACUAUUUGUAGGCGAACUCUAAUGUAGUUAUCACGGAUACAAACUAUAAAUGACCUUCCUUUUUUCGUUGCAAUGCAACUUCUUCUAGAGCAAACUAAGCAUUAAUAUUUGCCUGUGUUUUUAGAGAAAUGAGUUUUCUUUUUCUGCUGUUGUAGCUGUUCUCAGAAUCAGAAGAGUUUGUAAUUGUGUUCGCUUCAUUUUAAUUUCACUAGAUAUGAACUCAGUUGCGAGACGCAUAUCGAGGUUAUUCAGGCAGUCAGGUUACGGAACUGAGCCUCUUACUGCUCAGCGUCAGCAAAGCAGAGGCAUACGAGUGCAGGUGUAUAAUAGAAAUCUGGAAGGGGCAUUGGCAUUGAUGCAACGUAAGAUGACAUCGAGUGGGAUCGAGAGGAUGAUAAAGAUUGAACAGAGGUUUCAUAUAAAAAACUCGGAGAAGCGCGUGUUGGCACAAAAGAAUUUGCAGCGUAGGCUUCGAUCACAGGAUCUUGCUAGGAAACUCAAGGCUAUUAUGAUCAAGAAAGUCAGGUAAUUGUUUCGUAUAUCAGACUGAUUUUCAUGCCUUAAAAUAUAGAAUACGAUGCACCUUGAUAAGAAACUUUAUGCCGUUAUCAUCACUAAAUUCAGGUCACAGUGCCUGCACCAAAAAGACAUGUUUUUAUCGUUUUAUUACAAUUGUAGCUACAAUAAUUUUCUCUCUAAUACUCAUAUUUCCUGUCUUGUUUGACCAUUCUAUCAUCAGAAGAUAACAAAAGUGCAAUCUCGUGAGCAUAGUGAUAUGUGAAUUUUAGCUGAGAUGAAAGAAUUUUGUCUUAGAUGUUAAGUUAGCGCCAAUAUCUGAUGAGAGUAAAUUGGGAACUUUUAGUUGAAGUAAUUUUGUUUUGCCUCGAACAUUAAUUUACUUGCAGACAUUGACAUGGAAGUUAUAUUGUUUUUGUAUAUGUUCAUUUGUUCACAGAUUAAUUCUUAGUUUUGUGAUAAUGAUAUCCUAUGUGAAUCAUUGUUAUGCAUGAAGGAGAAUCUUGUUGCAAACUUUUGAACCGCUAUUUUAAAUUGCAGUGUUAUCAAAUUGCCCCGCCAUGGCCGCUAUGGCGGAUAUACAUGGCGGUUUUUGGGUUCGCCGCAAUGAUAAAUAUAGGGCGCCAUUGCAGUUUUUUCCGCCAUAAUCCGCAAUAGCGGCGCCACAAAGCGGCUGGUAUGGCGGGAUUUUGGCUCUCCGCCAUAGACCGCCAUCGACAACACUGUUAAAUUGACACAAGUACAUGUCAUUUAAUUACUUCAAAAGUCCAGGGAUUGAGAGGGAAAACAUUCAACAUCUAGUUCUCUGGUCACCCCCUUUUUCCAACCAAAUGUAGAGGCAUUUUUUCAGUUUCUAGUAUUCUCUUAUCAUAUUGAGUUGUAUAAAUAAUUUGAAAAGUCCAUAACUCUAUUUUGUUAAUAACUUAUUUUUUCCCGAACCACUUAUCUUUCUUGUUCCACUUUGUGUGAGGCUAGGCAAGUUUCUAUUCUUUUUGAGUUGGGAAUUAGAAAAACUUAUAUUGAAUCGAAGGUGUAUUUUAUCAUCGAGUAAACCACCAAAUUGGUUCCUAAAAUUAUGAAUAUUUCAAAAAGGUUAACGAAUCUAUUAAAUGGUAAUGGUUAUUGGCAACCACUUUAUGGAGGAGGCAAUUAUCUUUACUGGAUAACUGGCGGAGACCAUGGAGUAACCGUGGUGGAUGUUGACAAGGAAAUUACCGCCGAAAUUUUUUCACUUCCCCCUGUGCCCAUGUAUUGUGCUGUUGAGGAUGUUGAGACAUUCUUCACGAAAUUGAAUACAUAGCUCUUAUGGAUGGGAAAUCAGCUUUCUUGCAUUGUGAUUAAAGAUUUGAUAACAUUUAAAAUCUACCUUUUGGAUUUUGAGUCGGAAAAUGGUCUCUUUAUCAUGAUGUGGGACAUUUUGAUUGUGUGGUUGCUUCUGGUCAUGAGUUUAUUAUUUAUGAUAUUUGUUGCCAGAUCCACGACCAAAUCUUCUUUAGUCUCUUCUCUAAAGAAAGAAAGUGGCAUCUAGCCAGGAUAAUAAACAACUUGCAUUUUAGUUACAAUGUCAAGACUAGAAAACUAAAGAUUGAGGGCAUUUCCAUGGGUGAUCAAGUAAGGCCUCACACCAACGGUCUAAUUUCAUUGCCAAGUACUCCAACAUAGUUAGGUUUCUUGGUACAAUAUAUUCAUUGGUAAUCUUAAUAUUUAUCUUUGUUGGGUACAAUAAGUAUUUAUGUUUCUAUUUAUCCAUGAAGCCACUAUUUGAUAACACUGCUUGUAGUUCAGAAAGUUCAGAACAGUGUUACCUCUUUCUUCUAUAUGGGAAGGAUGGAUUAAGUAUGUCUCUGCAUUUAUGCAUCUGGUUCAUUUAGUUAGCUGUCACUAUCGGCUAUCAUAUGAAUAAAAUGAUUGUUUGUUACGAAUCGUAUUCCAAAUUGCAUAAAAGGAUUGUUUCUCACUGAUCAUAUUCCAAAUUGUAAUGCAUUUAGUAAUUCAUAUUUUUUUACUUUUUGAAAUAGAUUGCUAGUAGAUCUGAGAUAUUUGACGACCUCUUGAGUUCAUGUAACGAGCCAUUCAAACAAAGAAUUGUAGAUGGAGUGAAGUUGACAUUGAAUCUAGUUUUCUCAGGGCAAGUUGGUAUGAACAUGAUAUUAACCUUCAUUGAAUUAUAGUUGGUAUGAAUAUUAAUUUUUUGUAUUUUUUUUUUUUGAUUUCGUACGAGCAUCCAAUGUUUAUAGGCUGGCCGACAAAAAAAAGGCAACCAAGAUAAAAACUAAAAGUUUGAAGAUCCUUGCGAAUUGCUAAAAAUAAUUUGAGGAAAUUCACAUUAAUUCGUAAAAACAUCGAACGAUUUUCUGCAUUUCAAAAAAAAUCUUUUGGGAAGCCUAAGAAAAUGAUAUUUGGUAGUAGAAAAAAUGAUACCGAAGAUGUUAUUGUGGGUAAUGUCUUCGGUAUCAAUGGAAGGCUACCAAGUAUCAUUUUUUUAGGCUUCCCAAAAAAAUCAAUUUGAGAUGCAGAAAAUUGUUUGAUGUUUUUACGAAUUCGCGAAUUUGCGUGGAUUUUUUUGCAUUAUUCUUAGCAAUUUGCAAGGAUCUUUGAGCUUUUAAUUUUUCUCUUGCUUUUUGCUUUUUUGUCGAUCAGCUUAUAACUAUGUUUUUUUGUCGAUCAACUUAUAACCAUUAGAUGCCCGUACGAAAUUUGCAAAAAAAUACAAACAAAAAAUAUCAUCUUAAAAAAGAUAAUGUUCAUACCAACUAUAAUUCAAUGAAUGUUAUAAUUCAAUGAAUGGCGAUAUCAUGUUCAUACCAACUUGUCUCAAGAAAACUAGAUUCCGUGCCAACUUCACUUCAUCUACCAUUCUUUGUUUGGAUGGCUCGUCACAUGAACUUAAGAAAUCGUCGAAUAUCUCAAGAUCUACUAGCCAUCUCUUUCAAGAAGUAAAAAAAUAUGAAUCACAAAAUGUCUACUGCAAUUUGGAAUAUGAUUCGUGACAAACAAUAAUUAUGCAAUGAUGUUACUGUUUCAAAUUUGGAACAAGGUGCCGUUGAACAAACCGAAGAGAUUGAACAAGCUGCCGUUGAAUAAGCCGAAGAUGUUGAACAAACUGUCGGUGAACAAACAAAAGUGAAAAUCAAAACUGUUGGCAGACCUAAGAAAAGGAGAUCUAGUAGAAUGACAAAACCUACCCCUCUUUUUGUCGAACUAGAUGCAAAUAUGUUCAACAAGAUCGGAAUGUUGAACAUGCUACAAAUGUGGGACUAACUUUGAAUGUUGAACAUGCCUUCAAUUUGGAGUACGAUGACAACAAAAUCAGCAGCUUGGGACUAGCUACAAAUGUUGACCAUGCCUCCAAUUUUAAGGAUGAUGAGAUUGUUGAUCUUGCUUCUAAUAUGAAGGCUGAAGGCUGCGAUUGUUGAUCAUGCUUCCAAUUUGGAAUCCGUGACACCUGUUGUCCUUUAGGAACCAUCUUUGAAAGCUACUGCAGUGUCAAUGUGUCAAUGUGGACCGCAUAAUCUCGAGGCAGCUGAUAAUCUAGAACUUGGACCCUAUAAGGAGUAAACCAUCUUUGAAGUCGGUUGCCUUUUUGGACCUUAUAAGAAAAAAAACCAUCUUUGAAACCUGCUACUGUUGGCAGUGCCAAUGUGCAGCAAUUUGCAAAUCGUAAGCAAAGUAAACUAUUCUAAAUUUUUAUGUUUUUGUAUCUUUAUUUAACACCUACUUUGAUAUAAUAGCUACAUAGCCUUUCAAGACAAAAAUUCUUAAUGAAACGUAUAAUUUUCUAUAUCAUGUCUUGUAUAUCUUUCAUAUACUUGUUUCUAUGAUUCCUUCUAAUUGCAUAGAUUGGUCACAGAGACACACUGACCGAGAGUCUUUCAUGUGGUUUUGUUACCAUCACCUAAAAUUAAUUAGCACCCAAAUUGUUAUGAUAUCUGAAUGCUGACCCUUUAAUUAGUUUUUAUUUUUAUUUUUUAUUAUUUGUUAAGAAAGAAUGCAUUUUUUUUCUCAGUUUUACAUUUCUAGAGUUCAUGAAUACUCCCUCCGUCCCAAACUAUAAGAGAAAAAAAGACAUUUUUCUUAUCCCAAAAUAUAAGGGAAAAAAAUUAACUUUCAUCUUUUCAAGAUGAAAUUAAAUACAAAUUGCAUUUAAUUUAUUUUCUCUCUCAUUUUUUCUAUAGGCAACCACCAAUUAGAAUUGUUUUUACAUAUUUCCAAGACAAUUAUUACAAGAAAGUUAUAAAAAAAUCAUCAUCUAAAUUAUUGUGUUUUUACUUUUUCUUAAUAAGUGUGUUUUUUAUUUUUUCUCUUAUAUUUUGGGACGGAGGGAGUAGGUUAUAAGGUUAGUUUAGUCAAAGAUUUUUUUUUCUUUUGAUCACUACUACCUCUUGUCUCAUUUAUAAGAAAAGAUUCUCUUUUUAGAUAUAUUGAAUAAGUAAUGUAUCCGGACAAUAUGUUGUUCAAAUACAUUAUUUAUUCAAUGUAUAUAGAAAGGGAAUCUUUUGUUAUAAAUAGGACCAGGGGAGUAUUAUAUUUAAUCUUUUUGCUACAAUUUUAAAUGAUAUUUAUUUUUAAAAUAGAGUGAAUAGUCAACCGUAAAACUAUUAUUUUUUAAUCUGUGUGCUACUAUUUUAAAUGACUUAAUUGAUUUUUUAGAAGAAGGGAAUUGCUUAUAUCACUUAAAAUAUUGGAAAUGAAAAUUUAAAAAAUUUCGGUUGACU